AUGGAUGAAGCUGUUGCUUCUUCACCUACCUCGGAAAACAGACAACCUGUCCAAACCUCCGCAGCUGAUGACGCCAGCACAGAAUCAAAGACCGAUUUGACGGCACCGCAAAGUACAGAAACGUUCUCAUCGCUAUCCGGACAGUGGAGUUUGAGCUUUCUCGAGACGGCCGACAAUACUGUGCUCCUUGGGAUACUCGGCGCUUCGACGCUUCUCACAUACCUCAUCCUCGGGAGGUUAGGACUCCUUCUCAUCGGCCUAGUUUCGGGAUUCUUCUUCCAUGAUUACUGGUUAGGGCUCAUCGCAGAAAGGGGCGCAGGAGAUGAAGGAGGCGGCGUUGCUUUAUAUUCCUCUCCCAAAAGAAGAGAGCUUGGAAUCGAAGUCGCUUCUCGACUUCUCGAUUGGAAACCUCAGAAAGCUAUCCUGAGAGCAGAUCAGGAAAGAGCCGAAGCUGCAACAGCUGAUGGGGAUACGGCUACAUUGGAUCUAUCCAAGUUCCCUCCUGCAACUGCUGCUGCUCUUGCGGAGUUAAUAGAUUCUAUGAUGAAUGACUACGUGCUUCACUGGUACAAGCCUAUAUUACCCGCCGACGAUUCGUUCCCCCUUUCCUGCAGAAAAAUCAUUGUCGGAUUUGUGAACUCGCUAUCGACACAUAUGACCCGUAAACGCUCGGCGGAUACAUUUCUUCAAUUCGUUACCAAUUCAAGUUCCAUGAUCAUCGUAUUUUUGAACGAGUUAUCCCUAGCCUUACAAGAGGCAGCUUCCGAUUCAUCGUCGACCGAAGAACAUGUGAGGCAUUACCUGAGAGAGUACCCAGACAGUAACUUAGCCAAUGUGCUGUCAAUAGAUCAACAGCAGAAGAAAUUGAAAAUGGUUGCAGAUGAUGUGCUCUUCAACUUCUUGGAGCCUUCUGUUUAUAACUGCGAUACGCUGAAACAAUUCCUUCGCGGUGUAUUUGCCGGCGUUAUCCUUGAAUCAGUUGUUAAAAGCUGCUCACAGCCAGACUUUAUCAAUGGUUGGAUUGUUCAUCUAUUGAGGGAAGGAGAACCGCAGAUUAUGAAUGCGAUCGAUGCCGGACUUGAAAGCGUCUCGCAGGGUGAAAUGGCAGCUCUAUCAGGGAUCGCAGGAAACGCAUCACAGGAUUUAGCCAUGGCCGUGCCUGAUGUGAAAGCAAAGAGACCUGCGCAUCACAAGCAGGAAGCCCUUACUUUACCGAAGUCCAAUAGGGAUGUCACCAUCCCAUCAAAGAACGUUUCCCAGGAGAACAAGAACGGGGAGUUGUCUAGUAAAAGUUUACCGGGAACUGCGCCAAGCUCCACUGAAGAAAAACUGUCAAAAGAAGACCGAGAAGAAACCUCGCAGCGGUUGCUUGAGAUUGUAAGCCAGGAGCAUAGCUUAGGCGGAACAACAAACAUCGGUACUCGAGAAGAAGUGGAAGAUGCUGUGCAGGUUCUCUAUGGGGCCUCUGUCAUAGUUGAUGAUGUUUCUAUGCCUGGCGAUAGAACGGCAAUAAAAGCCAAGCCGACAACUGAAUAUAUGCUUCAGAUAGAACCUGCUUCAACGCGGUACCCGGGCUGGAUGAUCUUCAGAAAGUAUCAAGAUUUUGAGUAUCUGCACGAAGGUCUUUCAACCUUGUCCAGAUACCAUCAUGUUCCCUUCCUGGACGUCCAUCCUGUAUUACCUAGUUAUCGUGACCAAACAAAGUCGUCGCUGGCGAAGGCUUUGGAGCGAUAUCUCCGGGAUGCACUGGAACAUAGAGAAUUCGCCAAGACUGAACGCCUUCGACGGUUUCUUGAUAAAGAUACCGAGCUCAGCCAAACAGCCCCGACCAAAGCGGGGUUCAACCUGCGUGCCUCAAGCACAUUUGAGAACAUGGGGAAGAACAUGUUGGGUGUCUUGUCGAAUGCGCCCAAGGGAGUUGCAGGGGGUGGUAAAGCCAUGUUAGAAGGAGUGACUGGAGUUCUCGCUGGUGCUAACAGGAAUAGAAAGAGCUUGGAUAUUACAUCGAGAGAAUCGAAGAACCCCUCAACUAUUGGCUCAAGCGACUCUCUUAAUGCGAUCCAGGAACGUUCACCCGAGGCUACACCACAAGAUCUUUCUCAAGGUCUGGGUAGCCCGACAAACACCGACCAGGAAGCCGGCGAAUCGUCUAGUACUCCAAUCGAGACACCUGCAGAUUCAGAUAACCAGGAACCCACUGCAGAGCAAUCCACAGAGCAGAACUCUGCGCAAGACCCACAAAAUGGAUUAGUUAGCCCUAGAUCAUCCACGGCCUCUCCGAUACAGGCGACAACUUUUGAUAAGGAUACUGCAAAUUCUGAAACCCUUGAUGAUCCUGCGCAAGUACAAGAGGGAGGGGAAACCCCAGUCAAACAUCGAAAGGAGAGCAUUGGCCAAUCGCGCACAAGCCCAAAGCUUUCAGAAAAUCCCAUCACCGAAGACGAAACUCGCGUAGCCGUUGAGCUUAUCUUCGCAGUCAUUAAUGAACUAUAUACAUUAUCUUCUGCCUGGAACUUUCGAAAGACGUUACUCAAUGCGGCCAAGGCGUAUAUUUUACGCCCGCGCAAUCCACAUUUGGAACAGAUCCGUGUUCUAGUACAAGAUUCAAUGAUUGAUUCCAACACGACGGACGAAGCGAUUGCUGCCAAAAUUAUAAAAAUCCGAGAAAAUUCUCUGCCCACAGAGGAAGAGAUGAAAGCUUGGCCCCCUCCAUUAAGCAAGGAAGAAAGCGACAAGCUCAAGGACGAAGCGAGAAAGCUGCUGAUUGAGAGAGGUAUGCCUCAAGCCCUGAUGAGCGUAAUGGGUGCAGCAGCAUCUGGAGAAGCCCUGGGGAAGGUCUUUGAUUGUCUUCAGAUUGAGGAAGUUGGGCGAGGAUUCAUGUUUGCUCUCAUACUGCAAGCUUUGAGAGCCGUGAUUCUUUGA